UGCGUUCUCCCGCGAAUUCGAUGAUAACAGCUACUGAGGUUUAGCCCAUUGAGUUACUCUACGGUUUAGCCACAAAUUGAACAAUAGCAUAAUACAACCGCGAUAACAGCGAAGAAAAUAAUUAAUACUUGGUAUUAUUUUUAAAACGCCGCGAAACACGUUAACGUUAUCGGCAUUUUAAGAGGUACAUGCGAGCUCGUGUUUAUGUGACGAACUAAACCUAUAUUGACAACACAUCACUAGUUUUUCAUGUGUUUUUAAACAUUCAGCGGGGAAAAUCCGAAAUUAUGAGCUUUCUAGCCGCCGUGUUGGCCUCUGCAGGCGAAGUAGAAAUGACCGAUCUGGGCAAAAACGUGUCCGAGCUCAAGCACAAAAUCUCUAGUCUCGAGUAUGAUAUCAAGGAUGCAAUGGAACAGCGUUACAUGAAAUUUGCAUUGGUGUCCAAAGAUGCUGCCUCACUGUUGGAUACAGCCCAGUCAUAUUCAAACAAAAUCAAUGAAUUAAUAUCUCGAAUCGAUAAUCAGACUAAAAGAGAAGUUGCAGAUGCAAUGUCUGAUUUGAAGAUGUUCAAGUCUGCUUUAGAAGAAAACAAAUAUAGCUUGAAUGUUAUAGAACAAGUUCUUUCAGCAAGUAUGAAUCUUUCAAGUGAUACUCAAACUAAAUUAUCCUUGGCUGAAAGAAUAAGAAGUAUGCAAAUUGCAAAAGAAAUUUUAACAAAUAAUGAACAUUUAUCAAAACUGGAUGUUUACAAACAUUUAAUAAGAGAACAUCAAAGAGUAACUGAUGUUUUACAUUCUAAGUGUGUAGCAACAUGGAGAAAACAAAUUGAAUGGGUUGAAAAUAAUACAGAUGUUCAGGAAUCGUGGAGAGUAAUGUUAAAAAUAACUGCUAACAAAGAAGAUAUUUGUGAUAGUAUACUUGCAUUGCAAUAUUUUGAUAGUCUAAAUGUUGAAGUAAAACUAUUUGCUGAUAAAUUAAUUAAUUUAAUUAUUAAACCAAUUAUUAUCCAAAAUUUACAAGUUGACAUUACAAAAUCUAUUCAUGUCUCGAUAAUGACUCUAAAAGUUUCUAAAAUAGAAGAUGAAUAUUUAUCUAUAACAAUAGGAAAGUUAAAGAAUGUUUUUAAAUUUUUGAAUUCAACUCUUCCUAUUAAUUUCAAUGAAAUUCAUAUUAUGUCUUAUUUGGGAUCUUACGCAAGUCAGCAAUUUUGCAAUAUUUUUAAAGAUAAAGCAUUAUUUAAUGCUGUUCCUAUUAAGUAUAACAAACUCAUUGACUUUCAGGAUGAACUUAAUGAAGUACUUGAACUUAACACAUAUUUAAAUGAAUUAGGUUUUUUUGAAAAAUCAAAUAAUGAGCUCAUCAAGUACACAGAAAAUAUUGAUAAUUUAUUUUUUAAUAAAAUUAGUCAAAUAUAUUACGAUAAAGCAAGAACUAUAAUAAAAAAAGAUUUACAUGAUUUAGUUGAAGUGAACAAUGAAAAUAGAUGGACUCCAGAUGAAGAUAAUAAUGAAGAUAAUAGUUUUUGUCAAACAUUUUUUGCUUAUCCACAAAGUAAAGUGAGUAAGUCAUUAUUAGAAUUCCAUAAUCUUAUUGAUGAAGUAGCUUCAGAAAUGUCUAGUAUACCUGAAAAUGAUGCUUGGAGAUAUCAUGAUAUUUUAAACAACAUAACAAUUAUGUACUGUGAUAUGGUAUCAACUCAACAUAGUAAAGCAUUAGAACUGAAUCCACAACAAUCAGCUGUUCUCUACAAUAACAUAAUGUAUUUUACGCGAAAAUUGGCUGAAAUGAGUCCUACGUACAAAAACUUGUUAAUUGUCCAUUUGCUUGAAAAGUUAAAGAAUUUAGCCAGUGAAAUACUCCAUUCACAAUGCAAACAACAAAUUGUACAAGUUGAGAAAAUUGUUAACCAAUCUGAUAUUACUCAGAUGGCUGUAAACUCAAACUUAGGAUAUUCUGUUGAAAAAAGUAUAUCUCAGUGUUUUAAUCUUCUAUCCAUUUUGAGUAGUUUAUGGAAAGAUAUUUUACCAUCAACAGUGUAUUGUAAAUUUAUAGGCUAUUCAUGUAAUGGAUUAUUUGAAUCCAUUGUUAGUAAACUAUUUGCAUUAGAAGAUAUAUCGGCUACUUCGGCUGAACAAUAUUCAUCAAUUUUCAAUAAAUUAAUUAAAGACAUACCAACUUUAUUUCCGGAACCCAAAGAAGUUCAUAGAUAUGUUCCUAAAUGGUGGCAGUUAAAUGAAUUGAUUUACAUUUUAAGUUCAAGCAUGAAAGAUAUUGAAAACCGUUGGGCAGAUGGGAAAGGACCAUUAGCUAAUGAAUUAAAAGUAGAUCAAAUAAGAUGCUUGUUGAAAGCUUUAUUUCAAAACACUGAUAGAAGAGCAGCUUUACUUAAACACAUUUCAGCUACUGCAUAGUCAUAAUUAAUAUGUCUCAGACACAAAUUUGUAAGGUCUUAUAAAUAAUCCUUUAACUUUUAACAAUUUUAAAAAUCUUUUUAUACAAAUUUUUUCUUGAU